AUGCCGGUGGAGGUGGAGAGAGACCAAGGAGAGGUGUCGGUGAAGGUUGGUAUCGAGAAUGCGACUGAGAAUAAACAGGAGACAGUAGUUCCCGCCACCAAAGAGGACGUUGGGAAUGGGAUCAGCCAUGGCGGCAAUAAUGGCAACGGGAACGACAAGGAGGAUACCGAUGGCUCCUACGUUUUCAUAACCGAAAACGACACCGUGGGAGAUGAUUCUGGUUCUCUCAAGCCGGCUGAUGCCAAUGUGGAGAAAGAUCAAAAGGAUCUGGAUUCCGGGGAGGCGAUAAGUUCCGCCGAUGAUGUUUUGGGAGUCUCCCAAGAUAGUCAAACCCUGGAAAAGACUGAAAAUGAAAGUGCAAUUGAUGGACCAGAGGAAGUCGCUGGGUCAGAAAUCGAGGAUCCUCUUGAAAAAAGUGUCGACCAGAAGCAUCCUGGGAAUGGGCAUCUUGAAAUUGGGAAUGAUGGUAAAUUGGAAUCUACAGAGGAAGUGGAACAAGUUGAGGAUUCUGAAGUUGGACCCAGGGAUCCGCAAAAGAAUAACGCGGAGGAUCUUUCGGAUUUGCUGGAUAAGAUCGAAUCUGAGAGUAAAACAGAUGUGGAGGAACCUCAAGGGGACGGGAUCGAACCGCAAGAAAAAUCUGAUCUAGAUGUGGAUGUUUCUGAAGAUCUACAACAGGAGGAUGUGGCAAAGCACCCAGUUGAUUCAGCUGAGGGAAGUGAGUCCGAGUUGGUGAGCGCUAAGGUUUUGGGACAACCUACGCUAACAGAUCCAGCUUUUACCAUCAAUGGAUCUGAAUCUGUGAAUGAUCGCACUGGAUCAGAAUCUGUAGCAGUUUUGGACUCUGUUUCUGUUGAAAACGGUCACCCUCAAUUAGAAUCUGAGUUGGAGAAAACUGUUGAUGCUCCAUUCACUUCAGAGGUGGAAAAGGUCAAUGCUUCCGAUGGUGAUGUGUUGCCAGACUCUGGAACCGUGGAUGCUACUGUACCGGAGGUAAGUGGUGAUGUCCCGGCUGAGAGUCAAACUCUCACUGCCGUCAGCUUGGAAUCCCACACUUCUGGCAAAGAUGGUGUUGAUGAAAAUGGUAAUAGCAUAUCGGAAUCUGAAGCGAUUCAGGACAUUGAUUUUGUUGAAAACAGCAAGUUGCAAUCUGAAACUGGAGCUGCUGAUGCCUCCGUGUCUGAUGAGAGUAUGGAUACUCAUCAAGAAUCUCAAGAUGCCAGCGAACCUGCUUGUGAUCAAGAUGGAGAACAACACAUAGCAUCUGAAGUUCAGGAAAUUCUUGACGCUCCUGCUUUAGAAGAGAGCGGUGAUGCUGUUAUUACCGCCAAAGAUAGUGAUUCAGAGGCUCUUGUUUCUGAUGGCUUGUCUUGUACCAACCAGCAGGAAUCAGAACGUGAUGAGGUGCCUGAGAUUGUUGAAAACCUUCCAUCCCAUGACGAUGCGCCUUCUGGGAAUGACACAAGUGUAAUUCUAAACGAUGAUACCAAGAGUCAAGGUUUCUCAGAGGAUCAUGGAGUUGACACGAACCAGAAGAUUCAAGAUGAUUGUAGUGCUCAGUCGGAAGAAGUUACGGACGUGAAUGAGAAACAUGCUCCAAUUGAGAAAGUUCAAGAAAACAACUUAACUAUUGGUGGUGAUGUUUGUCUAACCUCUGCUGAGGAAGCGAAAGAGUCACCUACAGGGGAUCUUACUGGGAAUGUAUCACAUGAGAGUGCUGAGGCUAUCUCUACAAACAUCAACGGACCAUCGAGCUUGUUGGAUUCCAAAACCGCUGUCUCUGAAUUGGCAGAAAGCUCAGCAGAAGAAGCGGCUGACGAAACGGGCACUAUUGCGACGAAAUCUGAAGCUGAGCAAUCGGUUAAAGAAAGCACUGAACCUCAUGUUGUUGCAUCCGCUAUUGUAGAUGGUGAAAUAAAUAGAGAAGACAAUGGUGGUUCAGAAGUGAAUGUGACGAAGACCACUCCUGUUGAUGUGUGUGAGGAUACACCAUCUGAAGAAGUUUCUGAGGUGGAAAAAUCGGACAUCAAAGAAAGAUCUGUGAUAAAGACAGAUGAAGAAGUCGAUUCCAAUUCUAAGAGCUUUGACAGCACAAAAUCUCCUCUUGUCAUCAAUGAUAUAGUAAAGGUAAGCGAAGAGGAAGAUUCUAGGGAGGAAGCAAGUGGCGCUAAUGCCUCAGUUGCAUCUGAAACGGAGACCUGUGCACAGGAUCUUGAGUCUAAAGUGGCUACAUCUACUGAUACCAUCCAUAAAGGUGCCAAAGACUGCGUGGACAGCCAACCUGCUGAAAACAAAGAAGGAGAUGCUGCUGCUAGAACAGAUGAUAAAGUAGAAGGCUCUGAAGGACACAAUAUAGUGGCAGAGAUAGAGAGAAGACCGUUUUACUUUCUGCCAAGAGUUCCAAGAUAUGAUGACGAAAAGUUAGCGGAGCAACUCAAGCAUGCUGAAGCGCAGGUUGAUCAAAAAACACAGAGUCGGGAUGCUCUUAGAGCGGACAUCCAAAAGAUACGCGCAACAUGCAAGGACUAUGAUAUCAGUUACAAGGCGGCGUUGGCAGAAGAGAGAUCUGCAAGAAAAGCAAUGCAUUCAAAACGGCAGGAAAUUGAGGCCCUUCAGUCCGUGAUUAGCCGGGUUAAGAGUGCUGCGUCUAUUGACGAUAUUGAUUCGAGGGUGCUUAAUAUGGAACACAUGAUACAGCAUGAAACUUUAUCUCUGAGUGAAGAAAAAGGAUUCAUUCGUGAAAUAAAGCAGUUGAAGCAACUCCGUGGUCAGAUAUCUUCGAGUAUGGGUACCAAGGAUGAAGUUAAGCAAGCAUUAGAUGAUAAAGAGAAAACAGAAGAGCGUUUGAAGGUGUUGAGGAAGGAACUAGACGUGCUCAGAAGCGAUCUCUCAAAAGUCGAAGCAGUCGCAAAAGCUGCUAAAAAGAAGUGUGAUGAGGAAUGGGAAGUGCAGAAUAAACUUCAAGAACAGUUUAGAGCUGCUGAUGCUGUUCGACAGGAAGCAUUUGCGCACCUGCAAAAUUUGAAGAAACAACAACGAGAAAAGAACAAAUAUUUCUUCAAGUACAGAGACGAUUCAAGGGCAGCAAGUGAAAUGGCUUUGAAGAAAGACAGAGCAGCCCUGCAAAGCCUUUGUUCUGACCAGGUGGAGAAUUUCAUGAAUAUGUGGAACAACAACGAGGAGUUCCGUAACUACUAUGUAAGAUGCAACACAAGGAGUACCUUUAGAAGACUAGGAACCCUAGAUGGACGCUCUCUUGGCCCUGACGAGGAACCACCCCGGAUCACUUAUGCUACAAGAACGGACAAAUUUAGAACUUCAAGUGACAGAGCAGAGAAACAUGAGACAGCUCCACCAGUGUCAGCACAACAAGAGAAGGUUGUUAAAUAUGAAGGUUCAAAAGUUGAAAGCAGCGAAAAGGCUGUUGCGAAACCUGUUGUGAAGCCCGCCGAGCAGAAGAGUCAGGCCGCUAAAACUAAAAAGACCGUCAAGCCAGACCAGCCUCCACCGAUUGUCAAGGAAGUGGUUUCUGAAAAAGAGGAGACAGAGAAGCCGGCAACAAAGGAAGAAGAAGAGCCACCUAAGUUAACUAAAGAGGAAGAGGAGUUGAUUAAGAAAGAAGAGGAGAAGAGAAAACAAAAGGAAGCAGCGAAGGUGAAGGAGCAGCAUCGGUUGGAGGAGAUAGCAAAAGCGAAAGAAGCAAUGGAGAGGAAGAAGAAGAGAGAAGAAAAGGCAAAAGCAAGAGCUGCUCUCAAGGCUCAGAAGGAAGCUGAAGAAAGGGAGAAGGAACGAGAAAAGAAACUAAGGAAGAAGGAGAGAAGAAAGGGGGUUAUUACAUCAGAAGAGACAGGAGAAAACCCAGUUGAGACAUCAGAAACUGUAAUCGAAACCCCAAGGGAGAUUGAAAUUCCAAAGAAGCAAAGCGCGGAGGAGAGUCAACAAAGCAAGAAAUCCCACAAGCCAUCAUCACAGUUUCUGAAGCAAAACAAGUCAAAAUCGAUUCCUCUGCCUCUAAGGAACCGAGGAAGCAAGAGAAAACUGCGACAAUGGAUGUGGAUCGGACUCUUGGUUCUGGUCGUUCUCGCAUUGUUCCUUCUGGGUAACGCCAAUCUCUCCUUCUCUUCCGCAAAUCUCUGGUUUAUAUAA